AUGCUAGACAACAGAUGGGUUGUGCCUUACAACCCCUACCUCUUGCGGAUGUUUGACUGCCACAUCAACGUGGAGGUGUGCUCUAGCAUAAAGGCCGUCAAGUACCUAUAUAAGUACGUAUACAAGGGCCACGAUCAGACUUCGUUCAAUAUCGAGAAGCCCGACGCCGAUGGUAACAUAGAUGAGAUCAAGAGAUUCGUUGACGCAAGGUGGGUUACUCCGCCGGAGGCCAUGUGGAGGAUAUUCGGCUUCAAGCUAUGCGAGAACCACCCAUCGGUCCUACCACUUCCGCUUCAUCUCGAAAAUAUGCAAAUGGUCACGUUCAAAGCAGGAGACAACCUAAAGGACGUCGCCGCCCGAGAGACCCCAUCCAUGCUGACUGAGUAUUUCAUGGCUAACCAGGAGCACGCAUGGGCUCGGGAUAUUCUUUACAAAGAUUUUCCGAGAAGCUUCACAUGGCAAAAAGCAAAAUACUGGAAGAAAAGGGACAAGGGUCAACAAGUAGGCCGGAUUGUGUCUGCCCAUCCUGCUGAGGGGGAUCGGUACUUUCUGAGGGUGCUACUAAACCACGUACCAGGCUCAAGGUCAUUCAAAGAUCUCAAAACAGUGGACGGUGUGCUAUGUGAUAACUUUCGUGAGGCCGCCGAGAGGAGGGGUCUCAUCGAGGCCGACAACACGCUCGACGAGUGUCUUACCGAGUCAGAGCAGUUCGCCAUGCCAGCCUCACUAAGGAGGCUCUUCGCAACGAUCUUAGUAUUUUGCGAGCCUGGAGAUGUGCACGGUCUUUGGGAUAGGCAUCUUGAGGCGAUGUCUGACGACUACCGGCGCAAGCACACAUGCCCAAAAGUUGUGGAGCAGAAGGUGUUACUUGAUAUCAGGGGCAUGUUGCAGUCCAUGGGCAAAGACAUAAAGUCGUUCCCUCUCCCAGACAUCGACGAGAGCUACGACAACACAGAUGGAGAGGUCAGGGAGGUCAUCGAGGAAACAAAUAUCCAGGUAGACAAGGAAGACGCUUCUCUAGCGACCUCACUAAACCACGAGCAGAGGCUUGCCUACGAUUAG